AUGCAGAGCCAAACCUACACAGGUGGCACAUCUGACCAACAUCUUAAGGAAGCAUCAGCAGAUUUUGACUCAGACCAUGAUUGUUUAGAUGUGGACACUGAUAGUAGCUAUGACUCGUUUCUUGUUGUGUCCUCUGAGUUAAAUUCUAAGUCAAAUCCUGACUUUGAUCCUGACAAAGAGGUCCUUGAUGAUGAGGGCCAAGACUGUGAGAUUGUCUAUGCUCAUGACCCUGAUAGCCCUUGUAUCGAUGAAGGUGUUCUAUUUGCUGAUGUUGAUGCAUGCAAGAAGAAGGACAAAAAAAGGCUCAUGGCUCUUCACAAGAAAGCAGAUAAGGGUUGUAAGUGGAAAUUUCAUGCUUCCACAAGCAAGAAGUACUCUGGAUGCAAGGUUAAGGUGAAUAAUCUAUCACAUACCUGCAGCUCAGUGAAUAAAUGUGGACAUGUUAUGACCACAAAUAGUUGGGUGGCAGAGAGAGUAGUUAAGUGGCUGAAGGAGACGCCCACACUAGGAGCAAAAGAUGUACAGAAUAAGUUUCUAAAGAAGUACAAGUUUGAAAUUGGCUAUUGGAAGGGGUGUAGAUCAUAUAUUGUCAUGGACUCCACACAUUUCACAGGUUAUGGAGUUAUAGAGAGUGAAUCUAAAGAGAGUUGGACCUGGUUUAUUCAAAACCUGAAGAAGGCAAUUGGAGAACCAAGGGGAUUGGUCAUUAGUACAGAUGCGGGCAAGGGAAUAGAGUCUGCAAUUGAAUCUGUGUACCCAAAUGUGGAGCACAGAGAAUGUAUGAGACAUAUGUGGAAGAACUUCAAGAAGAAGUACCAUGGCUCUUUGUAUUCUCAGAAUUUGUGGCCAGCUGCCAAGGCUUAUACAGUGGACAAGUUCAACUAUCAUAUGGGAAAGAUCCAAGCUCAUAGCCUUGAUGACAUUGUACAUUUGAAUAAGGAUCACCCUUACAAGUGGAGCAGGAGCAAAUUUUCUAAGAUUUCCAAGGUUGACUACAUCAACAACAACCUGUCUAAAUCAUUCAAAAAUUGGAUUAUGAAGUGCAAGGACCAACAAAUUGUGAACAUGCUAGAACAGAUUAGGCAGUAG